GGAGAGCUGGCUGCCAAUAUUCACCAAGCACGGUACAAAGAGCUGAAGUUGCUCUGCUACAAAGGCUAGUCCCUUCAACUGAGUCUCAGCCAGUAUUUUGCUGACUAGACUGCCAUUGUGAGUGAUCACUUCAUGCUUUGUCCUUCUACCUAGCAGAGUGCUAUUUCGGAACUGUUUAUGGAUUGCUAUGACAUCUCUAUCCAGCAGCUGUAUUUACCUAAAGUUUCUUAACUGCUUCUACAAAGUAAAUUUGAAGAAAAAGAAGAUAGUGUGCCUAAGCUGGAACAGCUCAACAGUCUAGAUUGUAUAACUAAUAUGAAGGUAGUAUUAACGAAAUAAAAUUUGCUACAUAUGUAACUAUUAUUAGAAACCUAUCAGUGGAGGGACUUCUGCCUUUCAACAGCUGCCCAUUUCAUUGAAUACACUCUGUCUGAAGUAGUACACAAAACAGAUCUUCAUGAUGGCUGGCCAAGAAUUUGCCUAGAAAAGAUUAAACACUACAUGGCCAAAUACACAGAUUUCCUGGAAGUACUGCUGUAAAAUUGCGCCUUUCUAAAUUAUUCACCUUCUUCAGUGGCUGCUACAUGUAUGGCUUCUUCAAAGAUUAGACUUCGUCCUUCUCCAACAUGGCCUAUAAGAACAUUAUUACAUUAUCUUACUGCUUACUCCGGGGAUUUCUUACUGCAGUGUACUAAACAGCUAUUGACUGCUCAUGAUAAUGAUGUGAAGCAGCAGAGAGGACAGGCAGGACCUCGGUUGGCACAACUAAGUGUGUUCCAGGUAGCCUCCCAGCCCUCACAGGCAGUUCACUUUCAGCAACCUCAGCAUGUUCAACAGUCACAUAGUCCUCACCACUGUUAUCGCCAUCCUACUCAACCAAGCUGUCUACAGAUGGUAUCUACACACACCUCAUCUUACAUGCUACAGACAUGUCCUCCCAGCUUCCAAACCAGUGUUCAGGGCCUUAGGCACAUGCGGACUGAUGGUGUUGGGAUGUCACUCACUGGCAAUGCAGAAGUUAAGCCCUGUCUGAAUGUUUCUUAUAACCAGGGCGUUCAGACAAAUGAACAUUACCCUUAUAUUACUCCAUGCUUUUAAAGGCAAUUAUGUGUGAAAAUAAUAACUGACCCAGACUGCUUUGUGACUUGAAGCUCUGAGUAAGCUUUUUGUAAACUUCUGUUCAAAAGUAAAGAGAUUCAAAUGACAUCAGUUCUCUUCAGAUACCAGCACCAGAAGACUGAAUAUCCCUUUCAAUGCACCACUAAUAGCAGGGAAGACUAAAUAAACACUUUGACAAUGUGUGUGUCAAAUUUUGUUACAACAAAUCCCUGUAUGACAAAAAUGUUCAAGUCCUGGCUAAUAGUUCAAAUAUUUCAAAAAUAUUCAAUACAAAGGAAAAUUUGGACAGACUCUAAUUUAGCAUUUUGAGAUCUGACCUGUGAUAGAUUCUGGGCCUAACAUUGCCUUAUAGGUCAAAAAUGAACGUU